CGCCAAAAGCGAUUGUUUUCGCCCGCUCCGUGUGUCGCUCGCUCUCCAAGAAUCUAUCUCCCGACAGGCGUUCAACACCUCUUCUUCCUCCAGGCCUCCGUCACCCGUUCUCGCCCCCCGCAUAAUGGCCUGGCAGAACCCCAAUGGUCUCGUGCAGGCCAUGCACUCCAUCCGUCAAGCAGCUCCUCUCCGGCCUGUUCUCCAGCAGUUCGUGAUCUCCAGAUCGCCCAUAUGGUCGACCUCGACGACGACCCGACUCCCCAAGAACCUCAGUGGCAAGCGAACAUAUGCGACUGAACAAUUUCUUAUACCCCCCACGGCCGCUCCUCCUAUUGACUUCAACGAUCCCCGCUUCAGACCUGCUCGGCUUGUGCCCGCGUCUCCGUCCUACUUCUCCGCCAACCCCAAGUUCAUCGACCACUUGUUGGUUCUGGAAGACAUUCUCGCCGCAAACGCCGAUCUGCCAACCGUGGAGACCAACCAGGCGCCUCGGAUGGCGUGGCUCAAACUACCGCAGCUUCGUGAUUUUGUCGGGGAGCAAGUGCCGACCAAGAAGUACAAGGGCCUGAUCAAAAUCCUGCAGCGUCUGAAUCGAAUCGAUCCCAAGCUCAUGCCGAAAGAUGUUAGGGAGACGAUAAAGCAGUUUGUUCGUCCGGGUAAUCCGUAUGCGAACAAGCCUGCGCCGGCUAGGGUGGAUGAGAUGGGUCGUGCUCGCGGCCGGGGCAAGCGCAAGUCUUCCUCGGCAGUGGCUUUUCUGGUUGAGGGUGAUGGCGAGGUGAGAGUGAAUGGAAAGACAUUGGUCGAGGCCUUCCCUCGGGUACAUGAUCGCGAGAGUGCCACCUGGGCCCUCCGAAGUACGUCGCGACUAGACAAGUAUAAUGUGUGGGCUCAAGUCCAGGGCGGAGGAACUACUGGGCAGGCAGAAGCCAUCACGCUGGCUGUUGCACGAGCGCUGCUGGUUCACGAGCCCGCUCUGAAGCCUGUGCUCCGCAAGGCCGGUGUCAUCACGGUCGACGCCCGUCGUGUGGAGAGAAAGAAGCCCGGUCACGUCAAGGCGCGCAAGAUGCCCACCUGGGUCAAGAGAUGAAAGCGUGGUCGAGAUCGGUCUCCUCCCGCGUGGGGGGCCUGGAUCUUUUCUUUGUACUUCUACUUCCUUGCUGUAUUAUUCGAUUUGGCCUUGUGAUUUUUUCUCAACGAAAGUAUAUCCUGUAUUGCAAACAUACCCACCAGGUGUCACGGAAGUCGUUUCAGGACACGACACGGCUUGUCUUCGGCGGCCGGCAUGUAACUAUUGGCGUAAAAGCAAUAAACCGAAUUUUGGUACAAACCUCGGU